UGCGCUAUUCUGAUUGGAGAAACAGGAUGUCAAUCAUUCACUGGAACAACUGCUGUACAUGGCCGGCCAAAUACUGUCAACACUCACGACUGUUCUUUUAGGCCGGAAUUAAAACCCACACAGGGUUUCUGCUGCUGGUGCUUCGGAUGUCCAAGUACAAACUCUUUCUGCUGAGGCAUGGGGAGGGGGCCUGGAACAAAGAGAACCGUUUCUGCAGCUGGGUUGACCAGAAGCUGAGCGAGGAUGGCCUGAAGGAGGCCCAGGACUGUGGUAGGCUCCUGAAGGAGCAGGGCUACAAGUUUGACUUAGUAUUUACCUCCAUACUCAGUCGCUCCAUCCAGACAGCAUGGCUGGUGCUGGAGGCUAUGGGUCAGGAGUGGGUUCCCGUUGUCAAAUCCUGGAGACUAAACGAGCGACACUAUGGUUCCCUGAUUGGCCUGAACCGGGCGGAGAUGGCCCUACAACAUGGAGAGGAAAAGGUGAAGUUAUGGAGAAGGAGCUACGACAUAACUCCACCUCCUAUUGAGGAAUCCCACCCUUACUUCCUGGAAAUCUACAAUGACCGCAGAUACACCACUUGUGACGUGCCAAAGGAGAACCUUCCCCGAGCAGAGAGCCUGAAGGAGGUGUUAGACAGGCUGCUGCCAUACUGGGACAGCACUGUGGUGCCAGAAAUAAGGAAAGGCAGGACUGUGCUCAUUUCUGCUCAUGGAAACAGCUGCAGGGCUCUGCUAAAACACCUGGAAGGUAUAUCGGAUGAGGGUAUUGCCAGCGUGACUUUACCUACAGGGAUACCUGUGCUUCUUGAACUGGAUGAAAACCUCAAGCCCGUGAAACCUCGACAGCUCUUGGGAGACCAGGCGAAGAUUCAGGCGGCAAUCAAGAAGGUGGAGGAUCAGGGAAAAGCCAAACAGUCAACUUGAAUGCACUAAACUGGCUGUAGCUAUGUUCUGGUUACAGGUGCUCACUUUUAUUAGGUACUGGUUCAGUGAAACCUCUUGAAAAGACUCAAAUACAAAUAAUAUAUAACAUCCGACAAUAACAACAACAACAACAGCAACAAAUGGUUGUUAAUACGUUUUACGUUUUACAGUUAAAGGUGUGAAAAUGCUGUAUGUGUAAUAGUGUCCUGACCUGGACACAGAAAGUGUUACAGGUCAGACUGGUGCGACAGGAGCAGGAGGAAGUACUGUACUGUGUACUGUAAAUGUGUUGACGCUGUGUUAAGUUGUAUUAUGUGUAAGCACGGAUAUUUAAGCUAACUGUCCCUACUUAUGCCUGUAUGGUGACCCUGAAGUGAUUAUUUAAUUAUUUACUCAUUGACUCUACCAUGAAGAUUAAUAGUCAUGUGGUGAAGCUGAAAAAAACUUGAAAAAAUCAUAUCCAGAAAGAAGACUUUCUAAAAGAUGCUGUUCUGUUACAUUAAUAAGCUUUAGGAAUAUUCCCUUACAUUGAAACAUGUGCCUUCAGUAUUAACGUAAUGCUCAAAUUCAACUAUUUUUCUAAAAAAAAAAGCAUUUUUUACGCAAAGCAUCUAACAGCUCUUUUGGUGAUUAUUUAAGAUUAAAAGCACUCCGUUAACAAAUCUUACCUCAUAGAAAUUGAUAGCUAAGCUGUUCAUUCCAAGGAUGGGGUUAUUGUGAGCCGCAGAAAUGCUGUAAAUAUGCAAAACCACUGAAAUCCUCUACUGUCCCACACAUGAGUUGCUCAUAUUUUGAAACUGCGUACUCAUUAAGAGUAAGCAAGACAGCUGAAGUUGUUUUUCUUUGAGGUUUAUACAGUACAUAUACUCUGACGCAAAAAAAAAGGUUGAGUUGAAAACACUGGCAAUUUGGUAUGAUGACUGGAUUACGCUUUGCACUUUUUAGAUUUUUAUUUAAAUGAAUCCCCUUCCUAAUUAAAUACAAAAACUGUGAAUGGUAAAUACCAUUAUUCUGGAUGAAUAGGACAUUUUAAAAUAAAAACACAAUUUGGGUUUUAAUUUUAAAGUCUUAACUUAUUAUCAUGUGCAAUUUGAUGUUGCUUAUGUAAUGUGUGAAAAUGUUACAAAUCACUCUUGAGUCUGCACAUUAUGUCUUAUAACAGCACUAUCAUUCUUGUUACUACCGUGUGUGGCACUUCAUUGUAUGCAUCGUAUUGUGUCUCUUGUUUGUUUUUCCCUGCCGAUGUUAUUUUGUAUACUGGUCUGUUAAGUCAACAGGGGGGAAGAGAUAUGUUAAGAACAUGCAUUUGUAGAUACUAAAGAGUAGAAAACACUGAUGUACUGGUGAGAGGAUUUAACGUCUUACCUGCUGUUCACACCUUACCAUGUGAGAGUCUGCAUGAUGGAAUAAAAGGAAAUGUAAAUUCUCCUUUUAAAAAAAAAA